UCUUGCUCCAUCUAACUAUUCAAUUGACUCUUAACUUUUAUUGUUUUAAGUUGUAAUAUUUACAUUUUAUAUACUUGACACUGUGUUGGAUAAAAAAUCACUAGUAUCAGGACACAAUUAUAUUAGAUAAAAAAGAGAAGAAAAAUCCAAUCCAGUAUUCCAAUUAUGAAGUCUUUUUAUAUUUUUCUCCUUUUAGUUUCGUCAUUCACAGCUGUUAAGUCGAAGAAUAUCAGUCGAGAAAUAUCUUUUGACGACUGUGAUAAAGAUUCUUGGUGGAUGAAAAAUAUAUCUGUGACACCUUCUGGCAGUCUGAUUAAUUUCGAAGCAAAUAUCACUCUUGGUGAGAAAAAUAUCAACUUGACCUCAGUGAAAUUCAGUUUAACAGGUUGUAGCAGUAAUUUUACUUGCCUAAACCAUACGAAUUUAUUCAUUGAGGGUUUAAAUUGUACAAAUCAUUCAACGAAUAAAGAAAAAGAAUUGUGUUCUGUUUUGAAGACCGUUGAACAUUGGACUAAAAAUUCUACACUAUUGAUGACACUGAGAGAUAAUAAACAAAAAGAAAUAUGUAUCCCAUAUAAGUCCGAAGAAACAAAAGGAAGAUUAAACUUUGGAAGUGGUACUUUAAGAGAUUUAUCAAGUCCAGAUUUACAGUUAAAUAAUAAAACAUAUGUAAAAAUCUAAAUAAUAUAAACUAUUAAUUAAA